CAUAGCUUCUCAAAUCUCGUAUAGCAUAUACAAAGUCACACACAUUGCCAAAACCCCCACGCUCGCUCGCUCCAGCCGUGUAAGGAGAAAAGACAAGGAAGAAAGCCAAUUAAGAGCAGCCAUGGCCGUGGUGAUCAGGAAGAUGAGGCUCGUUCUGCCGGUGCUCGUGGCGGCGCUCGUGCUUCUUGCCGUGCUCGGCGAGGCGGCGCGGCCGUUGGGCGGCGAAGACUGGGCGGCGGCCGGAGGGACCCCGCUGCCGGGCGCUGCCGCGGCGGCGUCCAUGGUCCAGGCGCUCCGGCGGAUGUACCUGCAGCAGCUGGGCGGGCCGGGCGCCUCCUGCGGCACCAACAGCCCCAACAACGGAUGCCCGCCGUAGGAUCCACGAAGCAAUCAAGACGUACGGCGCAUCUGGGCCGUCCAUCCGUCCAGGCGCUUCCUCUCGCCCUCUCGGGUGGCAGGAGCAACUUUGUCUUAACGACCCUGCGAGGUAGAAUCGGUCGCAGAAUAUAUAUCUUCGUUUUUUUUCCCUAGGCCGGACUAACGUUUCGGCGAUGGAUGGUUCAUGGUUGGUAUUGAAUUCGUUGGUUAGUUCCUUGGUGAUUUUUACCCUCGUAGUACAUACGCUCGCUGGGUAUCAAAUUUGUACAGAAAAAAGAUCACACAUAUACUGAGAUAUACACCGUAGUACGUAUGGUAUGUUUGAAUAAAGCGUAAAGCACAAGCAAGCAUCAGCAUGGAUGUAUGCGUACUCCCUUUCUAUCUAGAUUGUUGUUCAGGUUCCUGAUGAUUUGUAAUGGGCGAUUAUCAAAUAUCAGUCAAACACAGUUCUGUUCUUUGAUU